AACCGAUGAUGAAUUGAUGAUAGCAUCAAACCAAACAAACACCCUGGUGCGAUUUGCCUAAAGGAAAGAGAGAAAGAAAAAGGAAGAAACCCACAGGUUCUCCUCGAUCCCGAGACAGAGACCACGACCGCCCUUCCCCCAAUUCCUAAACCCCGCCAGCUAGCACCGCCGCCAUGGCCGACGGCGCCGGACCCAGGCGCAAAUCCUUCCCGGACUGGCUCAACAGCCCGAUCUGGUCCGCGCCUCCGCCCGCCCCGCGCCACAGCUCCCCUCCCCGCGCGCCCUCCCCACAGCCGCCUCCCCAGCCGCCCAGGGAUCCGACCCCGCCAAGGCCAACCCCUGCGCCUCCGCCCGCCCGGCGCGGCGGCGGCGGCGGCGACGACGACGCGGGUGCGGGUGCGGGCGCGGCCGGCCCGUCGCGGGCCCACCUCGUCGCGGAGUUCAAGGUCGCGCUGGGGAGGAAUGUGGUGGAUCUGGCGGAGCUGCGGCGACUCGCGUGCCAGGGCGUGCCCGACGCCGCCGGGGUGCGGCCCGUCGUCUGGAAGCUUCUUUUGGGAUACUUGCCCAAUGAUCGUGCUCUAUGGCCAUAUGAACUGGAAAAAAAGCGGUCCCAAUACAGUGCUUUCAAAGAUGAGCUUCUGCUUAACCCUUCAGAAGUUACUCGAAGAAUGGAAGAAAUGACAGUUUCCAAAAUGGAGGAACAUGAUGCUAAAGGACCCGGUGUACUACCAAGGGCGGAUAUUGUUCAAGAUGAGCAUCCUCUAAGCCUUGGGAAAACUAGUGUUUGGAACCAAUACUUCCAGGAAUCUGAAAUUAUAGAGCAGAUUGAUAGAGAUGUUAAGCGUACUCAUCCCGAGAUGCAAUUUUUCAAUGGGGAUUCUUCUGAUGCCUUGUCUAAUCAGGAGUCGCUAAAGCGUAUACUUACCAUCUUUGCAAAAUUAAAUCCGGGUAUAAGAUAUGUUCAAGGAAUGAAUGAGGUUUUGGCACCUCUCUACUAUGUUUUCAAGAAUGACUUAGACCAAAGUAAUGCUGCUUCAGCAGAGCCAGAUGCAUUUUUCUGUUUUGUUGAGUUGCUUAGUGGGUUUCGAGAUAACUUUUGCAAGCAACUUGACAACAGCGUGGUCGGUAUACGCUCCACAAUCAGUAGACUAUCACAGCUUCUGAAAAGGCAUGACGAAGAGCUCUGGCGGCAUUUAGAGGUUCAAACCAAGGUUAAUCCGCAGUUCUAUGCAUUCAGAUGGAUCACAUUGCUGUUGACACAGGAAUUCAAGUUCCAUGACUGCAUCAACCUGUGGGACACACUGUUAAGUGACCCAGAGGGACCUCAGGCUACCUUGUUGCGUAUCUGCUGUGCAAUGCUGAUUCUUGUUCGAAGGCGGCUCUUGGCUGGUGAUUUCACGGCUAACCUCAAGCUUCUCCAGAACUACCCACCCACAAACAUUGACCACCUGCUGCACAUUGCUAACAAGUUGCGAGGACCGCUACCCUACUGAUUGGUUACCUGUCAUGUUUCUGGUUUCACCAUACUUUUUUUUUUGGCUAGUUUGUAUUAUCCAAAAAAUGAUGUAUUAGAAGCUAUGUAAAUGAACCUCCAUGGUAUACCGCACUACCAUACCCUUAGGUGUUGGGUGGUUGAUUUGAGUUUGAACCCAUUGAUUCUCUUGUAGUCUACUUCUGAUGCCCUUUAGAGCUUGCCGUUUAUAUUUUGGUCA